UCGCUAGACAAGGACUCCCCGGAUGUCCUUCAGAAACAGAUUUACAGUGUAACUUCGUUCAAGAGACCCAAGCGGAUGUUUCUCUCCCUCCAUGUGAUAGUUUGGCUAUUUGUUAUUAUGAUACAAUACAUGACAAGGCUUUCUGUAAACACGUUGAUGAUCAGUGCGUUCUUGGCGAAUCCAUCCGUCUUAAAUCAUUUUGUACAAUUCCUAACGAUGGAAGUCGAUGUGGAUUUACCUGCAGUGACUGCUUUUGGGCCCCCGACAAAUCUUGGACCUGUCAUGACUGUAUUAAUGGGAUAAAAA